AUGGAUCAAAACCAACCAAGGAAUGCCUGGAAAACUGGAAGAAUCACAAAUCUAACAAAAUUCAGAGAAGGCUCACCAAGAGAAGCAGAAAUCAUAGCCUCUUCUGGAAGGAAACAGAGAAGACCCAUCAACCAUCUUGUUCCACUGGAACUAGAAGACUAUAUACCAAGCAAUUCAAGUCCAGUCACUCAAGAAUCACAAUCGCACACAGACAUGACAAGCAAAUACAAUUUAAGAAAAAGAAGAAAAACAGAUAAAUCUACAGAUGAAGAUAGAGAAGAUUUUUUUAUUACAACACAAGAAGAUGAAGAAGAAUUUUUUAUGAAUAUGGUUACAGCAGAUGACAAUCAAGAAAACAAUAACUCUUUCAGGAUGAGCAGAGCGAAAGAAUUUUUGGAUGAGAAGUUCGCCAGAAGCCGCCGAUUCAUAAGUGAACGAGAUGUGCAACACGUACUGGAGGCGGAUUACGAAGUGCUCAGCAGCAUAAUCAGUCUCAACACUCGACUAGCCGAAGAAUUCAAGGAGAUCAGAAGUGACGCAAUCGCAGAACAAGAAAUGACGCAAGAUCUCUUCCUGAAAUGCACGGACUGGACGGCAAGAAUCACGGACUCGAUCGCGAAGAUGUCGUUUGUCAAGAAGAACUCAUACAUUAUGUGGGACGUCUACCAACUUCUGGUCGAUGGAGGAUACGCCACGGAGCGCAGCAGACAGCUAUUCGAGGAAAGAGUUCGGCGACAUGCGAGACCGAUAUCGUGGGAAAUGACACAAACAAUUGUGAACUCCGAAACAGAAAACCUGAUACAGAUGGCCAGUGAUUUCAGAAGAAGCAUUGGAAAGGAAUUCCGGUAUACCGUAAAUGAGAAGACCGAACAAGAAAGGCAAAAAGAGGAACUCGCGGGACUCGAACAAAAGUUAGAAGAAAUCAUAACUCACUUGCAGGAACUCAAACAAGGACAUCUACCCGAAGCAAUGGAGGAGCUGAAAGAAGAAUUGAAAGAAGAAUUGAAAGAAGAAUUCAGAGAAAACAUACAAGGAAUUAAGAAUGAGAUCAUAAAAGCGAUAAAAGAAGCCAAGAGUGACUUAGAAGCGAAAAUCGAAGUUGCCAUCGAGGCCCAAAUUCAGCAACUGGUCCUAGUCAAGAAAAUCAGCGAAAAAGGCGGAAAGGAGGAGGACAACUUGAGGAUCACAGACUCGGAUUCAGAAAAACCAGCACUCCAAACACCCACCACCAGCUUCGAAAGGAAAAGGAAACCGGAAGAAGAGAGACCGAGAGAGGAAAAAAAGAAGAGAGUCGAUGGCGAAAUGGAAUUGUUGGCCAUAGAGAACAAGUUGAAGGGACUCAGAAGGUGUAAAACGAGGAGGUUUGAAACUGGAAUCCACUCCGUGCGAGACAGUAACGGGAACCUCAUCCGUUGCAUAUUUUGCCUAAAGGACACCCACGAAGCGGACUCGUGCCCAAUGGUACGAACAGUGCAAAGAAGGAAAGAAAUCGUGAAAAAAGAAAGACUCUGCUGGUUCUGUUUAAAAGAAAUGCAUGGAAUUUGCACGGAGAGGAAGCCGUGCAAAUAUUGCAACAGCACAAAUCACCACGAGGCAUUAUGCCACCUGCCGGAAGAAAUAGAGUAUUGGGAGAGACGAAGAAGCACAGUCUUGGAGGGCCUUACAGCGCGCGCCCCAGCGGUCUCCCGGCAGUGUUGUCGCAACGACACCAGCUAA